UUCAAAUUGAUUAGUUCUGUUGUUAUCACUUCUGUCAACGCAUCGAUUAGAUAACCUCGAAAAUCCGAACAAUAAGCACUCUGUCUGGUGAAAGUUCAAUGAAAAGUGCAAGCAUAUGACGGCCGAUGGUUCAGAACGUUAGAUUUUAAAAUGAAGUUUCCAAUAGUGUGUCUUCUUUGCCUUCUGCACAGCUCUCUCAGCUCCAAGUUACCCGUCGUCAUCAAUACCUGGGCAUUUACUAAUUCAACGUCAGCGGCUUGGAAAGUGCUUACUAGUAAUGAAGGGAAUUAUCUGGAUGCAAUAGUCGAAGGGUGCUCAGUGUGCGAACGUGAACAAUGUGACGGAACCGUGGGCUACGGUGGGAGCCCUGAUGAAAACGGUGAGACUACUUUGGAUGCCUUCAUCAUGGAUGGAGCAACCAUGAACAUUGGGGCAGUAGCUGGUUUGCGUGAAAUAAAAGAUGCAAUUUCUGUUGCCUAUCACGUAUUAAAGUAUACGCGGCACACAAUGCUUGUGGGAGAACACGCCACUGAGUUUGCCUUGAUGAUGGGCUUCAAACGUGAAAACUUACAAACGCCAAAGUCAUUGGCUAUUUGGCGAGACUGGAAAGAUAAGAAUUGUCAACCAAAUUUCUGGACAAACGUCCUUCCAAAUCCAGAGAAAAGCUGUGGCCCAUACUGUCCAAACACUGAAAAUACCAUCAACGAAUUCUGGAAGGUCGAUGACACCAAAAACAACUUAUUCGAUGAGCACAACCAUGACACUAUCGGAAUGAUAGCAAUUGACGCGGAGGGAAACAUUGGUGCAGGAACUUCAACUAACGGCGCUACACACAAAAUCCCUGGCCGAGUAGGAGACUCACCUAUACCUGGUGCUGGUGCCUAUGCCGAUAAUAACGUUGGAGCCGCAGCGGCUACUGGCGAUGGAGAUAUCAUGAUGAGAUUUUUGCCCUCUUUCAUGGCCGUCGAAAGAUUGCGGAAUGGAGAUUCCCCUGCUUCAGCUGCUGAGUAUGCAAUGGGAAGGAUUAUAGAACAUUAUCCAAAGUUCAUGGGUGCGAUUAUUGUUGCUGAUAGGGAAGGCAAUUAUUCGGCCGCAUGUUUUGGUAUUGACAAAUUUCCUUAUUCAGUUUUUAAAACUGGGCAAGAAAGUACAGUAGUUGAAUAUGUGAAAUGUAUGAAUAGUAGCAUCUCGAGUGAUGCUAUGUGAGGCUGUUUGUGAUGAUCAUUCCUUUGUCGAUUUUAUAUUUUUAAAAUAGAGUCUUUGAAUAUAUUGUUUUCGUUUACCUCUAGUUGUACGUAUGGUAUAGAAUUACCGGCAGGGCUACUAGCGUCUGGGAAAUAAAUCUUUUCUUUUUAUCA